AUGCAAGCACUCCCACCCAUUUCUGAGAACAGUGUAGGCUGUCUGAUAACUCACAGGCUUCAAGCUGCCCUUAUAAAGUUGUUCCACUUUUGCAUACUUCCUCAUACAGCUAGUUUCUCAGUGAAGAUGAAGCUCCUCAUUUACAUAGUCUUGCUGAAGUCAACUCUCCUUGCUUUAACAAAUGUUUUUGCAGUUAUUUUAGAAGAGGAAGAAAAUGCCAAAGAGGCAAAAGUUACUGAGACUUGUCCUAUAAAGCUCAAAACUAAUCGGAAAUGUGAAGAAGGAGAGGACUGCCCUUAUCAGAUAAAUCUGCCUCCGAUGACCAUCCAGAUACCCAAAGAAUUUAAACUGCUUGAGAAGACUCUCAAAGAAGUACAGACCCUUAAAGAAUCAGUAAACAAGCUGAAGAAAUGCUGCCAAGAUUGCAAGCUGCAAGCAGAUGACAACCAAGACAGAGACAGAAGUAAUGAAUUCCUGCUACCUAACACUGCAGAAAACAGUGAAAGCCAAGAUAACAGAGUAAAUGAACUGCAAAACAAAGUAAACAGAAUGGCAACCAGCUUAAAAAAUGCAAAGAGCCAGAUUCAGACACUGCAGGGUCGUUUAGAGAAACUGAGCCUCAUAAAUAUGAACAAUGUGGAACAUUAUGUUGACAGCAAAGUUGCAAAUUUGACAUUUGCUGUGAACAACCUGGAUAACAAAUGUUCUUCUAAGUGUCCAGCAAUGCAAGCAAGACCUGUUAUACAAAUAAUGCAGAGAGACUGUGCUGACCAUUACACAGCAGGGAGAAGGAGUAAUGGAAUCUACAGUAUUACCCCUGACCCCAGAAAUGAGAGCUUUGAAGUUUACUGUGACAUGCAAACACAAGGAGGCGGCUGGACCGUGCUGCAACGGCGUCAGGAUGGCAGCACUAACUUCAACAGAACCUGGAAUGACUACAAAAAUGGCUUUGGAAACCUCAGCAGGGAGUUUUGGCUAGGCAAUGACAAAAUUCACCUCCUGACAAGGAGCCAGGAAAUGCAACUGAGAAUUGAUCUUGAAGAUUUCAAUGGAAUCAGAGAGUAUGCAAAAUAYGACCACUUCUACGUGGCCAACGAGUACCUCAAGUACCGUCUAAGYGUCCACGGCUACAGCGGCACAGCAGGCGAUGCCCUUCACUACAGCAGGCACUACAACCAUGAUCAAAAGUUCUUUACAACCCCAGACAAGGACAAUGACAGGUAUCCCUCRGGAAACUGUGGUGCCUACUACAGCUCUGGCUGGUGGUUUGAUGCCUGCUUGUCAGCCAAUCUCAAUGGCAAGUACUACCACAAGAAAUACAAAGGUGUUCGCAAUGGCAUUUUCUGGGGCACRUGGCAUGGGAUUUCUGAUGAUAUUCCCGGUGGAUAUAGGCAAUCCUUUAAAUCAGUAAAAAUAAUGGUCAGACCCAAAAGUUUUGUGCAGUAAUUCUWCACAUUUCUCUUAACUAGCUUGCAUUGGAUUGUAUUCAAAAUCGUAGUUACUCAGUAUUAUACUCAGAAACCAAGUGUUCAGUUAUGUUUGGCAAAAGAUUGUUCUAGACAAAACAACAUACUUCSGCAUAUUUUUUUUACAGUUUGAUCCAUAUAAUGUACUAAAACCAUCAUCAAAAUAUCUGAAUAGUUAUGGCUAAAACAUCAUAAGUCUUGGUUUUGCUAUGUAAAUAUUUUAAACAUUGCUUUUGGUGCUUUUACUGACUGUGAUAUACCACUUUUAUGAUUUAAAACUUUUAUGUUGUCUUCCACAAAUCRUGUCUUAAUGAAUAGUGACAUUUUUAACCUGAAAAUAAUUGAGGUGCAACUAAUAUAAAUUUGUCAAUACUUAGAAAGAAAACUAGUCUCUCUAAAACAGCCUUUUCCUAUAAUCUAUCCUUCACAGCUUCAAAGGUAUACCAUGGCAAUAUCACUAUAAAUUAGGAAAAAUACUACAAGUAUUAUUUUUAAAGAACUAGAAAACAGAGUGCCACAUGGCUUGCCCAACCACACAAAAAAAGGCCUUGAAGAAAACAGAAAAUGAAGAUGAUUCCUCAAAUUUCAUCCCUUUAUCAAAKAUUUUUCAAAGAAGUUGGUGGAAUAAUUGAAUAAAAGCAGAGGAAAUAAUUAYAAAAUCAUAGAAUCAUUUAGUUUGGAAAAGACCWUUAAGAUCAUUGGGCCCAACUGUUAACACAGAACUGCCAAGUCCAUAUUAUGCCAUGUCCCUAAGUGUCAUCUACUSAUGGAGAGAGCAUGUAACAAAUGACAACAUUCUCGCUCUUUUUGUUCCUCCAUUCAAGCUCAAGGUCCUAUUUGUCAUUUGUAGGAGAAAGGAGCUAUUAUGUAGCUUAUUGCACAUUUAUGCAGGCAGAUAGACAGGUAGGAGGAAGACACAUCAAAAGAAUCCAUAUUCUUUGCAUUAAUGCCUCUAAAUACAUACAAAGAGUUUGCAGUGCCAUCUUGCUUUCUCCUGAAUCAUUUAGGUAAGUCAAAUGUUACCUAAGUCAGAUGCUCUUGUAGAGACUCAAGCUCUCAUUCAAAUACUUCUCAAUCUAGAUAUCAUUAGACCCUAAAAUUAAAAUUUUUUAAAAAAAUGUAAUAUAAGAGAAGACUCUUCUCCCCAUUUUUGGGCUACACCAUUUAUAUCCACAAGAACAUAAAAAUCUACUGUCAAUUCUAAGCAAAAAAGAGAAUACAGGAUGAAAGGUUUUUUUUUCUAAAAUAUAACAAAUGAAAAAAUCAAAUUGUCAAAUAUUCAGGAAGUUCAGAUAAGAGACACUGUUAUUAAACCUCACGGUGUGGAUAGUGAGCAGAAGUUUGACUGCACCAAUCUAGACCAUGUCGCUACAAAGACAGUGAYCAACAUUGUGUGGAGAUGUAAUUUACCUUAGCAAGAGGCUAUUUUACUCUCUUUCUUAUACCAAUCCUGAGAUGCAGAAAAACUACACUAAGACUGUAUUUCUUUACCAAUUAAGUGAGGUCAUUGCUGACAUAGCCUUUUUGAUUAAAAGAGAUAGAAAAAAAAAAUAGAGGUAUACAUCUGACCUAAUACUUUAUAAUAUGACAUCUACUGUUGUUUUAAGAUUAUAACAUAACCCUUAUUGUUACAAGUUAUGCAAAUGAAGAACACUGGCAAUUGCUAAAUUGUAAAAUAUUAAUAUAUAUUUUAAAGAAGUAAAUACUUUGAAGGAUAAUUCAAGUGUAAUUUGRGUUAUUAUUUUUCAAUUUUAAAGAGCAAUGAAAAAUUUGAAUUGCAAGAUGUAUCAUCUUUGCUUGAGAAUAUGUUUUGAAGCUAUAGAAUAUUUAUUUUGGGAUAAAAUCUAGUUGUCUAAACAGAAUAAAAAAAAAGCAACUUAUGAAGUAAUGAUUAGAAGAGCAAAUAUGUAAUUGCAUAUGAUUAUAUUUAAUAAAUAAAUGCACAAUUUGCUCCUAUUCAUUAUAUGAUAACAUCAUGAUAACUAUGAUAGCUAAGUAUGUUGUACAGUAUCUACAAGCUUCUACUUGAAAAUGUUUUUUUUACUGCUAAGAUGUUGGAAGAGAAACUGUACUUUUAAAUCUYGUUUAAAGGAAACUUUGUAAAACACAGAAAUUUUAACAGAAUAAGCAAAUGUGAYGAAAAUCAUCUGCAAAAGUUUUGUCUCAUGUCUUUAAAAACAAAGAAAGGAGGAAAAAAAAAAGAAAGAAAAAAAGAAAGAAAAAAAAAAAGAAAAGUGCAAUGCUGUUACAGAAAUCUGAUUGUUACCUGCCUGGAACUGUUGUAGCUGAAUUUCUGUCCAUGUGUGCUAGUUUUGCAAAGUGUAACUCCAUCUACUUUUGUAAACGUUGUUUUUGUUUUCUCUUGGUGUAAUAAAAUUAUGUCACACUGUUAGUUGUA